AUGCAUAUGGUUCUUGCCCCAAAUCGAUGCGUCCUCCGGGGACGCUGGGCUUGUGUCGGCCUGGGUAUCCUGGUCAUCUUCAUGCAAGGCCUCAACUACAUCAUCGACGUCUACAUGAUGUUCGCUAACUCGGCCAUCGCCGCCAACACUCUCAUCCGGUCCAUCGCCGGUGGUGCAUUCCCCCUCUUCGCAAACCAAAUGUACCAAAACUUGGGUGUCAACUGGGAGUCGAGUUUGCUGGGCUUCAUUACGGCUGCUAUGAUUCCCGUCCCCAUCUUGUUCUCCGUCUAUGGUGCUAAGAUUCGGGUGAUGAGUGGCUUUCUCCCAAGUUCUAAACGCUGUAUAAUAUUCGACGAGUCCGUGUUGAAAUAUCCUGGGCAUGAAUUUUGA